CUCUCUCUCUCUCUUUCUCUUGCAACAAACGACCAGAAGACACACAGAGAGAAAGAAAAAACGGUAGCAACAAGAAGCAUUUUCUUGCUCGUUUCGUUUCGUUUUGUUCCAACCAAACAAUUUACUACGUGAGACUAGUUGAAAACGAGUUUUGUGAGAUGAAUGGAAAGAGAGUGUAAUACGAUCAUAAAUUUAUAUAUGUUUGAACUUAUUCGGUCAAAAGUCAAAAACGAUUAAUAUUUUUUGUUGUCGUUGUUGCACAGUUUCGGUGCGUGCUGACAUUGCAAUAUAAUAAAUCGUAGAGUGGGUGGUGUUUUUCUCACUUCAAAGAAUUGCAAAGCAGAACAUUCAUCAUCUUUCGGAAGUUUUAAAUUGUGUGUGUGUGUGUGUUUUGCAUUCUGAAAAUGCAUUCUGCGGUGAAGAUGCCAAUUGUAAAGUGUCUGCUAUUGACGUUGUCGCUGGUGACUGUGAUUGUGGCCGACUGUGAUAAUUCGAUUGUGCCCGAGUUGACAUUUCGUUUAGGUGGCAACAAUCUCAACUGGCCAUGCUAUGCCACCAAGAAUAUCUACACAAAUUCCGGACGUUACAUUCCGAAAAAUGUCAUCGCGACACGUUCACAAAUUUAUCGAGACACUGCAUUUGUGGCAAUACCACGAUACCGUAACGGAGUACCGUUUACCCUAGGUCGUGUCGAUUUACGAAAAGGCAAAUGCUCCGUACCGAUUGCACCGUAUCCAUGUUGGGCAUCACAAGAAGAAGGCAAUUGUCAGGCGCUACAAAAUGUUGUCGAUAUUUUCUUAGAUCGACAGAAUACGCUAUGGGUACUCGACACUGGUAUCGUAAACAAUUUAGCGCAGCCAAUCAAACGAUGUGAACCCAAAGUCAUGGCAAUCGAUGUUCAAAGUGGUAAAAUUGUUAAAAUUAUCGAUCUGUCGAAUUUAGUGGUGGCCGCUUCACGAUUGCAGUAUCUAGCCGUUGACUAUGAUCAAAAGGGACAUGCUUAUGUUUAUAUCGCCGAUGCUGGUACACGAGCUAUACUUGUGCAUGAUUGCACCGAGAACAAAGGUCAUCGUGUCGUUUUGCCAGCUGCUGUCGUUGCUGGUUGCAAUCGCAACGAUGUGCUCUACAUGUCAUUAGUGCGAAAAUCGGAUGGUGCAAAUGUGCUGUACUUUACCUAUUUGGGCGCUGCACGAUUAUUUUCCAUCAAAACGGAACAAUUACGACAAGGACUUGGUUCGGGAGCUGUUGUUGACGUUGGACCCAAACCAGAUGAUCAACCCAUCGUACUGUUGGGCACCGAUAAUGGUGCAUCCCUAUUUUUCCGAUACAAAGGUCAAUCGAACAUUCUAAUGUGGAACACAGAAACAUGCUUUAAACCAGGCAAUUUCUUAGAAGCACAAAAAGGUGCCGAAUGCCGAUUGUCGACGCAAGUGAUGCCCGGACAUAAGCGUUAUAUGUGGACAUUGGAAAGUAAUUUCCACGAUUACAUCACGAAUACAGUCGGUUGUGGCGGUGCUUCAAUCGUAAUUCACCCAAUUAUUAAAGAAUCGGAUGAUUAAAUGCACUGAUAAAUAAUGCAACAUGAUUUUAUAUUUUCCUCCUUGUUUUUUCUCGUUUUCUUCUUUCUUUAUUUGCAUU